AUGGAGCGUCUUCGUGAGCGGUAUCCGGAUCGGAUCCCCAUCCAUCUGUGUCAGGGGGUGCCCUUGCUGCUCGAGGUGGCAGACGUCGAAUGUGCACGUACAGAGCACCAUAUUUGCGGUCUGCUCACAGGCACGCUGCCGCUUAUUCCUCAGCAGAAUGUGUUUUUGGGCCUGCCGCUGCGUCUUCUUGCCGAAGAGGUCGUGUAUCUCCUACGCAAAGGUGUGGCCGUCUUAAUAGAUGAAACGCGUGCUUAUAUGCCGCCGACGGCUGAUGAGCGUGAGACGUUUCUGGAGCAGGAACAGCAGCAGAUCCAGGCGCAAAAAGAGCGCACCCUGCAGCACCAAGAUGAGCAGCGCAGGGUCAUUGAGGCCAAGCUGCAGACAGAGGAGGCAGCAGCAUUAGAGCGCCGCCGUGCGCGACAGGCAUCGAAGGACUCCUCGUCUCACGACGGAGUGUCAGCGCAGGACGCGUUGAAGCGCAUGCCCUAUGUCCAUUAUACCCAAGGUGAAUCUGCGUCGAUCCCAGGCUAUGUGCCAUGUACACAGGCUAUGUUGAGUGAUGCGCCAGCAGGUGCGCAGGUGAAUGCGUAUACGACCUUGGGAGAGGCGAUGCAAGCUGGUGUAUGGACAUAUCCCCGUACGCUGGAACAGCGUGCACGCUGCGCCGUGUUCGAAGAUUUGCAUGAGCAGGGCUACUUUCUCAGUACAGGACUCCGGUUCGGUGGUGACUUUGUUGUGUAUCCCGGUGAUCCAUUGCGAUAUCACUCCCAUUAUACGGCGACGAUCCUCGCGGCGCCCGAGCAAGCUGUGCCUGCCUUCCACAUCAUUGCUUCAGGGCGUCUCGGCACAGCCGUCAAGAAGUCGCAUCUUUUGUGCCAGUCCAACACGUUUGUACGCGAUGACACUCAGGCAGAAGACCGUCGUCGCCGCGGCGACGACGACACACUCCAAAAGCCGUGGGGCCAAGUCCAGUACUGGAGCUUGGCCUGGGCCGGCUUUGGUACAUAG